GUUCCAAUAAUCUUUUGUAACGAUUCCUAUGAGAUUUCAUGGUUCGGGUUAAGGUCGGGACAACCGUUUAGGGUAAACUAAAAACUCCCAGGCCUAAGCAGAGCGAGCAGGAGGAGAGGCUUUCUACUCGGAUCUGCUCUCUCCACGCCGCCAUGGAAACUCACAAAGCCAAGGUCUGCAUCGUCGGAAGCGGCCCCGCAGCGCACACAGCAGCGAUCUACGCAGCUAGAGCCGAGCUCACGCCUAUCCUCUUCGAAGGAUGGAUGGCUAACGACAUCGCCCCCGGCGGUCAAUUAACCACGACCACCGACGUCGAAAACUUCCCCGGCUUCCCCGACGGUGUCCUCGGCAUCGACCUCGUCGAGAAGUUCCGUAAGCAAUCGGAGCGAUUCGGCGCCAAGAUCUUCACGGAGACUGUCAACAAAGUCGAUUUCUCCUCGAAGCCGUUUAAGCUGUUCACCAAUACGAGAACCGUCCUCGCCGAGGCCGUGAUCGUCUCCACGGGAGCCGUGGCGAAGCGCCUCAGCUUCCCUGGAUCUGGUGAAGGCGCCGGUGGUUUCUGGAACCGAGGUAUCUCGGCCUGCGCUGUGUGCGACGGAGCUGCUCCGAUUUUUAGGGAUAAGCCUCUGGUGGUUAUCGGCGGCGGCGAUUCGGCUAUGGAGGAGGCGAAUUUUCUGACUAAGUAUGGAUCUAAGGUUUAUAUAAUCCACAGGAGAGAUAAGUUCAGGGCGUCUAAGAUCAUGCAGAAGAGAGCGUUGUCGAACCCUAAGAUUGAAGUGAUUUUGAACGGUUCGGUGGUUGAGGCGUAUGGAGAUGAGAACGGGAAAGGCGUUCUUGGGGGUUUGAAGGUGAAGAAUGUUGUUAAUGGUGCUGUGUCUGAUUUGAAGGCUUCUGGAUUGUUCUUUGCGAUUGGGCAUGAGCCAGCGACGAAGUUCUUGGAUGGGCAGGUUGAGCUUGAUGAAGAUGGUUAUGUGGUGACUAAGCCUGGUACUACGAAGACUAGCGUGGCUGGUGUGUUUGCUGCUGGUGAUGUUCAAGAUAAGAAGUACAGGCAGGCCGUCACAGCUGCAGGAACUGGGUGCAUGGCCGCCUUGGAUGCAGAGCAUUACUUACAGGAGAUUGGAUCUCAAGAAGUUGAACUUGGUCAAGUUGUAAGAGCAACUCCACUCACGGUAUAUAAUGAAGUAUCUACGAGUACUCCAGUCACGGUAUAUAAUGAAGUAUCUACGAGUACUCCACUCACGGUAUAUAAUGGAGCAUCUACGAGUACUCCAUUCACCGUAAAUAAUGGAGAAUCUACGGUUAGAAGGGAAAGAUACAAGUGGAGCCCAGCUGAAGAUGUUGUUCUUAUCAAUGCGUGGUUAAAUACAGACAAAGAUAUAAUUGUGGCUGUUGAUCAAAGAGCUUCUUCUUUUUGGAAAAGAAUUGCUGCAUAUUAUUCAUCAAGUCCUGCCGCUGCAAGUCUACCAAAGCGAGAAAGCAGUCACUGUAAGCAAAGGUGGCAGAAAAUAAAUGAUAGUGUUCACAAGUUUGUUGAAUGCUAUGAUCAUGCUUUGAGACAAAGAACUAGUGGCCAGUCUGAAGAUGAUGUUGUCCAAGUUGCAUACCAAUUCUACUUCGACGAUUGCAAAAAGAGAUUCACGCUUGAACAUGGAUGGAGGAAGCUCCGUCAUAGUCAAAAAUGGUAUAGUUACAUCUCUAAAUGUUCUAAGAGUAAUGGAAGUUCAAAACGAGCAAAAUUGGAUGAAGGGGGCACAUUUUCUUCAAGCUCUAAUACAAAAAGUAACGUAGAGGAACAAGCUAUGGCUCAUCCUAUUGGUGUGAAGUCAUCAAAGGGCGAAGGGGAGAAUCUUGUUACUAAAGCAACAAAUGAAGAGAAUGUUGCUACUAAAACAACAAAUGAAGAGAAUGUUGCUACUAAAACAACAAAUGACGAAAGGGAGUCCAACUCCCGAUCGAGGCUCGAGAACUUGUGGGCUCUAAAUGAGAGAGAUAUAGCUGAGAGAAAUAAACUAUCAAGGAUAGAGCUGCUUAGAAGCCUUCUGGGAAAAACAGAAAAACUUUCAGAAAAAGAAGAAACUUUGAAGAACAAACUCAUCGAUGAAAUGUUGUAAUAUCGUGUAACUUAUAUUAUAUAUUGUAAUAAUAUGCUGUAGGUAAGCUAAUAUAUUAGCGUGCAAGACUUCCUCUUGAUCAUUAUCUCCAUCUUUGUAAUACAACACUUUCUAAGGUCGAAGUAAGCAAACUUCUUCAAA